CUUCUCCUUUUUUUUUUUUUUUUUUUUAUAGGAGGAAAAGCAAAGCCUUCUCCCGUGUUCUGUUUGGUUGCCCCUAUAAUCGUGGCUAGUUCACAUCCUCUAAAAACCCUCAUGAAAUUCAUGGCUGCAUUCGCCCUUUGAUAAAAACCCCAAACCCUGAAGGGCCUCCUCCUCCUCGUGUCAAUGGAGCUGAGAAGGGUUUCAAUCUCGAAACCUUGCUCUUUCUUAAUCAAACGCCCAUUAAGCUGCGUCCCACGUCCUCAGCCUCCGGCGCCGCCGCCGCCUCCGAAUAACCAGAGAUUACUUGACCGGGUAUCCUCUCUUCUCUCAAACUCAUCUUUCAAGUACCCUCAAUGUAGAUCUCUCAUAUCCCUCUUGUCCCCUCAUGAAUUCGAUGCCCUCUUCUAUUCCGUCGCCACUUCCCCCUCCUCCAAUGUCAACCCCAAAACCGCUCUCCGUUUCUUUCACUUGGCUUCUAAAGCUUUUAACUUCCAUUUUACCCUCGCCUCUUAUUGCCUUUUGGUUCGUGUACUAAUUCUUUCCAAUCUUAACUCGCCUGCGAGAUUGCUUUUGAUCCGCUUGAUUGAUGGCAAUGUGCAAGCUUUGUAUGCUCUCCCGCCCGCUGAUAGGCACAUUGAGAUAGCCAUGGCUAUGUCCCACUUCAAAACCGCCUCCGAAAGAUCUGCUGUGCAUCAGGCGUUGGAUAUGUUGAUUCAUCUUUACUGUACUCAGUUCAAGGAUUUGGGUUUUUGUUCUGCCGUUCAUGUUUUUGAGUUUUUCUCUAAUAAGGCUAUGUUUCCGUCCCUCAAGACUUGCCAUUUUUUGUUGAAUUCUUUAGUCAAGGCGGACCAACUUGAUAAGAGCUACCGUGUGUUUGAAGUUCUGUCUCGUGGUGUUUCUCCGGAUGUUUACUUGUUUACUACUGCAAUUCAAGCAUUUUGUAAGGGAGGGAAGGUUGAUGAGGCAUUAGGUUUGUUCUCUAAAAUGGAGGCACUUGGCACUGCUCCAAAUGUUGUUACUUACAACAAUGUUAUUCACGGGUUAUGUAAGAGCAGAAGAUUAGAGGAGGCUUUCCAAUUCAAGGACAAGAUGGUACAAAACAAUGUGAAUCCCAGUCUGACAACAUAUGGUGUGCUCCUUAAUGGUUUGAUUAAGUUGGACAAGUUUGACGACGCAAAUCAUGUUUUGAAGGAAAUGUAUAGUAAGGGAUUUGUCCCCAAUGAGGUUAUUAUUAACAUAUUGAUUGACGGCUAUUGUAAAACGGGAAGUACUAGUGAGGCACUGAAGUUAAGGGAUGAAAUGUUAUCCAAUGGGGUAACUCCAAAUUCUGUUACCAUUAACUCCCUACUGCAGGGAUUUUGUAAAAGCAACCACUUUGAGCAUGCUGAGCAGGUCUUAGAUAAGGUGCUAUCCAGUGGUUCAUCUGUAGACCAAGUCGUUUGUUUCUCAGUCAUUCACUCGUUAUGCAAGAACUCUAGGUUUGAUUCUGCACUGAAAUUCACAAUUGAAAUGCUAUUAAGAAACUUCAGGCCCAGCGAUAACUUGCUUACAACAUUGGUUGUUGGGCUCUGUAAAGAUGGAAAGCAUUCUGAGGCAUCUCAGCUUUGGUUUAGGCUAUGGGAGAAAGGGUUUGCAGCCAACACAGUGACCUCAAAUGCUCUAAUUUAUGGAGUUUGUGAAUCUGGUAGCAUGCAAGAGGUUGCUAGGCUACUCAAGGAAAUGGUAAAGAGAGGCUUGGUAUUGGAUAGGAUCUCAUGCAACACACUCAUCUUGGGUUGGUGCAAGGAGGGAAAAGUGGACGAAGCUUUUAAGAUUAGGGACUGGAUGGGUAAGAAAGGAAUUUUGCCAGACACAUAUACUUACAAUUUGCUAAUGCAUGGUCUAUGUAAUAUGGGAAAAGUGGAUGAUGCUGUUAAACUUUGGGAGGAGUGCAGAAAACAUGGUCUUGCCGAUGUCUAUACAUAUGGGGUGAUGAUAGAUGGGUACUGUAGAGCUGACAGAAUUAAAGACGGUGAAGACCUAUUUAUUGAGUUGGUGACUAAGAAACUUCAGCUGAAUUUCAUUGUUUAUAAUACGCUUAUAAGAGCAUACUGUACAAAUGCGAACAUGAUUGGAGCCCUUGGUCUCUGCUGCGACAUGAAGAAGAAGGGUAUUGAACCAACUUGUACCACAUAUUCUUCUCUUAUACAUGGGAUGUGCAAUAUUGGUAAUGUCGAAGAUGCAGAAUACCUUCUUGAUCAAAUGAGGAAGGAGGGUUUGUUGCCCGAUGUUGUUUGCUACACUGCACUAAUUCAUGGUUAUUGUAAGCUAGGCCAGAUGGAUAAAGUAGGGAGUGUUCUUGGAGAGAUGUCUUCAUAUAACGUACAACCUAAUAAGAUUACAUACACUGUCAUGAUUGAUGGGCAUUGUAAACUAGGUAAUAUGGAAGAAGCAACUAAACUUCUAUGCGAGAUGGAAAAAAAGGGAAUUGUCCCGGAUGCUGUCACUUACAAUGCCUUAACAAAUGGAUUUUGCAAGGAAAGGAUGGUGGAAGAAGCUUUUGAAGUUUGUGAUCAAAUGUUCAGUAAAGGUCUAGCUUUAGAUGAAAUUACCUAUACGACAUUGGUUAGUGGGCUGCAUCAAACAGCUACAUGUGCAGACGAGGAAUGAUAUGGAAACCUUUAAAAGGGUCCUAUACUUACUCUUUUCUAAGGACUGCUUGUUGUUGACGAUUGAAUACAUCUGCUUACCAUCUCCAAAAUGAUACUUGAGCUUGAGAGGCAAGGAAUUUUUGAUAUAAUAACCUUGGCAGGGAACUGUGGCCUUAGAACUCAUUCUCCAAUAAUGCCAGUCUUUGAUUGCUCAUAUGAAACAUUUCCUUGAUAGCUUACUCAGCAAUCCCUAUGUAAGUUGGUGGUUUAAAGCUACUGUUGAUAAUUUCACGCCAUGGCAUAUUAAGGCAUCAAUACCUAAGCUAGAUCUUAUGGGCAUUCUGUUAUUGGGUGUGCAUGCAUGUGUAUAAAAGACACAUAUAUCUCAUAGUACUUUUUUUUUUUUUGGUCUGAAUGCUAUGAGGUAUUUAUACUAUGUUAAAACUUGGUUUUAUAUCUAGAUGACUUGAUAUUUUCCUGGUUUUGUGCAUGCAAUGAAUAUUUGGGGAGCAAUUCUGUCUUCAAACAGUCACUUGUUUAGCAUUUUUAACUCGAAAGUUUCACAUUGUGGCAACAGAGCUGUUUUCCUCUAUUUAUGAACUCACUCUCCAGUAUCUAUGUCUUACAUGCAUGGAAAAACUGAAAUUUUCUCAUUGGAGUACUUUAUAUAGUAAUAGCAAUUGUUAGAAGUUAUUUUACUUUUUAUAUAUGAGAUGCUUAAUAUGGUACGGAUAAAUAACAGCAAGAACACAGAAAAGAGAUCAGCCUUCUAGUAGCUACUGAAUUAUUUCAAAGUGAUAAUCUGAAGGCAAAAUCUUAAUGCCAUUCCACAAAUUCACUGUAAUUCAGUUUUUAGUUUCUCAAGUUAUUCAAAUAGAAACUCGGGUUUUCAUUUCAUCUGCUCUCGAAGUUGCAUUAGAGUCCCUCGCUGGAGAUAUCUCCUUGUGCACUACUGAAAC